UCUCUCUGCUCCGCAGCAAUAUUCCAUGGCAGUUAGGGUCUGUUCAGCAGAAUGGGGAGGGGCCUUCUCUUGGAUCUGGAGCUCAGGUGCUUGAAAAGAGGUCCCCCCAUUCUUGCUCAGACACUAGACCUGUGAUGGAACCUGACUUGACUAAGGAAGAAUCUGAGAGGAUAACGGCCAGCAGGAACAGGCGGUUAUGCAGGGAGCGUCGUCGCAAUUCCCUAUUGCCCCUUCAAUGGAAAAUGGCACACAGCUCCCGCUGGAUGGCCCAGGUGGUGGCCUCAGAGUUCAGCCUGGUGGCCUUCCUCCUGCUACUGCUCAUGGUCUUCUCCAAGAAAUGGUUGUGUCCCUCUAAGAGUCGUUUCCAUCAGCGUUACCCCCAAAACGUCACUAAGAGAGUCUACACCUCCAUCCACAGUAUGUCCACAGGGCUCCUGUACAUCUGCAUAUCUAAAAGCUGCCCCAGCUCUGACAAUGGGGAAGACAAUUUUAAGAUGUGGACAAUCCAUCCAGUUUUUGGGGUGGCUAAGAUAAGUUUCACCCUGGCCGUAGGGCUGGGUUUUGUCCUCACCACCUGGCUGCACCUGCCGUACCUGCCCUGCCUGCAGAGAAUGCCUUUCUUUGGCUUGAUUGGGAUCAUCCUGAGCUUCUGUGAAGUCACCUUAAUUUUCCUCACCCUCCUGUUGUUCCCUGUUAACCUCUGGAUCUACGAGCUGAGGAAGAAUAUAUCGGUUCCCAUCGGCUGGAGCUAUUUCAUUGGUUGGCUGGUGCUCAUCCUGUAUUUCACUUGUGGGAUCCUUUGCUACCUCAACCACAAAAACUUCUGGAGCCUGAUUAUGAGCAGCUCCUCCAUCAACACUACUUGGAGCAGCUCGGAGCCCGAGUCUCUGAGGAGUGACUCACAGACCUCCAACAGACAGGAGAACAUUCUGGAGCCUACUGAGGAUGCCCAAAAGCCAUUAAGUCCAGAUAAAGCUGUCUUACCACCCCAGCCAGACACCACUGGCUAGGACUGUCCUCAUCAGGACAAAGGAUGAGCAAAGAAGGAUUUGGGGACCAGCUUUGCAUUCCUCUUCCUCAACUUGGCCUUGUCUGUGGCUCAGGUGAUGUGGAAUAAAUUGCCCAUGCCUUCCAUCCUUUCUGACGGUUCUUGAGGAGAACUAGAGGAGGGAGAGGAAGGGAGAAAAACAAAA